AUGUCGCGGCUCAUUGGCGCAGAAACACGACGCACUGCGACCAAGAAUGUGAUGGCCUUACUGCAGACAGUUUCCGAGAAGGAGAUUCGGCAAUGGCACAAAGGUUUCCUGAAGGAUUGUCCUAACGGUCUGCUAACAGAACAGGGAUUCAUCAAGAUCUAUAAGCAGUUUUUCCCGCAGGGCGAUCCGUCCAAGUUUGCAUCCCUGGUAUUCAGAGUUUUCGACGAGAACAAUGACGGUUCCAUAGAAUUUGAGGAGUUUAUUCGAGCGCUGUCGAUUACGUCUCGAGGGAACCUCGACGAGAAGCUGCAUUGGGCGUUCCGACUGUACGACGUGGACAAUGACGGCUUCAUCACUCGGGACGAGAUGUACAACAUUGUGGACGCCAUAUACCAGAUGGUGGGCCAGCAGCCCACAGCAGAGGACGAUAACACGCCUCAGAAGCGAGUGGAUAAGAUCUUCGACCAGAUGGAUAAGAACCACGACGAUCGUCUGACGCUGGAAGAAUUUCGGGAGGGCAGCAAGGCGGAUCCGCGCAUCGUGCAGGCGCUAUCGCUAGGAGACAGCAACCCCCCGCCGCGAGAGCAGCAACAGGCCGGAACAACCUCUUCCGCCACGACUUCAGCCUCCCCCGGCUAAGAAAACGUCGCAGCUGCAACCAGAAUAGGGGUCGAACACAGCGCGGGCAAUGAACGGAUUCGCUCCUCGCACUGCGUGUGGAGUUCUUUUCUGUAACCUCCAAGGUAGUUUAUAGCGACGUAGUGGACAGUGUUUUUAAUUCUUGCAAUGUUGGCAUCACUAGAUUGCGCUUCAAGUCACUGAUAUGCCCAACACGUUAGGUUUUCCGAUUUUGAGCUACACCGAACACUAUGAAAAUGAUGCCUUGAUAUCCGGUGGGCAUUUUUUGUUUCCUAUUAUCUAAGAGCUUCCACAGGCGUCUGAUCGCCCUUAUAGUCGCCUGAUAAUAGUCUCUAGGUGACAGCAUUGAGUCCGUUCUGCGUUGCCUUGCAACGGUUGAAGAAUUCCGUGUUUGAACGUAGCCGUCAAGAUCACGUGACAAGCUUUUAGCUUCUCUACAAUGCUCUGAAGAAACAGCAUCUCGUGUGUUUUGUGGAAAUGCACUUGGCUUUGCUGUCAAUCGAUGUAAGAUGCAAGCAGUAUAUCGAUAUAUGAAUUUGUGGCUUUUGUCUCGAUGGAUACAGGACCUAUGAGUUUUAUAAAACGUGAAUUAACUCGAUAGGCUGUUGCCUUGUUGAUCCACGCCUGAAGUUUGGCCCCCGGAAACAUUUCACCCUACGUUAAUUGUUCAUAACCGUGGAGAAAUCCAUCUGUAUGAACCCGUUAUUCAACAGUCACUUUGCAUGGGAAAAUAAUACAAGUUAAUAAUUUAAUCGCCGGAUGUAACGGCGAUAAUGUUACAAACACUGACAACAAAGUGUGUGUGUGUGUGUAUAUAUAAAUAUACGUCGUGAAUUUUACGCGGUGUGUUUUCCUUUUUUGGGGACUUUUUUGUGUAUGUGGUUGUCUUUUUGUAUCGAUUUGCCACAGUCUUUUGUUUUUAAAAUGCAACGUGUCCGUCCCAAAGCCUCCCCCAGUGCACAAGACAGCAUCAAGCCUUUCCACACAAUGGGUGUAAUUACGUAAAAAAACUAUCGAUCGAUUAAUCGAAUGGUGGAUGCCAAAUGCUUUUGUAAUCUAAGCAAAUGAGAGUACACUAAAUAUCUUUAGAUAUGGUACAUAAGUUGUUGCUACUCUUACUAAUGGAAAGAAACAUUUCUUCCCAAAAUCGAAAUCAUACCUAAAUUAAUAAUUUAUAGACAUAAGAAAAUUUUGGACAGCACUGUCUGGAAUUUAAGAUUCUGCGUCACAGUUUAUAAUGUUUUAUUAUAGUACAGCUUUAAUAAUGUUAGAAAUCGAUAUAAGCAAGUCGAAUUGUAAAUUAUGCUUCACUGCACUCUUAUUACACGUGAUGUUCUGCUGAUACAUGUAUGUUUAAACACGUUCUAAAUUAAAUGUGAAUAUUUGGGACAUAAUAAAUGCCCUUUAUAUGCAGAUAUUUAUUAUUGAAUUAGAAUAGCUCGUAUUAUCUUAAUAUCUAUUAUGUCCACUUUUAUGAAGGAAGAUAUCUGUUUCCGUCUUAUAAAUGUAAUCACCACCUCUUAAAGAAAAGCUUCUCAAUUAUGUUAAAAGUACAACGUCGUUUAAAAAUGUUCUCUUAGAUAAAUAAUGCUUGUUUUAGAAAUAAAAUUUCUCAAUAGGAAUGGU